GAAGUUUUGUUUUCGGUUCUUCACCGAAGCCGCGCCGCGAAAGUCUGUCUUGGUCUUGUCUUUUUGUUGAUCGUUACGUCCGUCCUAGGACUCUCUAUUUCUGAAAGCAUGGGCCAAUCUGUCACAACCCCCUUAAGUUUAACUUUGCAGCACUGGCCAGAGGUUCGGAAGAUCGCCAGAAACCUUUCGGUGGAAGUCCGGAAGAAGCCUUGGGUUACUUUCUGUUCUUCGGAAUGGCCUACUUUCAAUGUGGGUUGGCCGAAUAACGGGACCUUUAAUGCUAACAUUAUUUUGCAGGUAAAAUCAAAAGUCAUGAGUCUCGGCCCACACGGGCACCCCGACCAGGUACCCUACAUCAUCACCUGGGAAGCUCUUACCGCUGACCCACCUUCAUGGGCCGAGCCCUUUGUCUUGCCCGCGCUUCCUCCUCCCUCUGCUCCCUCUGCUCCCUCUGCUCCCUCUGCUCCCUCUGCUCCCUCUGCUCCCUCUGCUCCUUCUGCUCCCUCUGCCCCUUCUGCUCCUUCUGCUCCCUCUGCCCCUUCCUCUGCUCCCUCUGCUCCCUCUGCUCCCUCUGCUCCCUCUGCUCCCUCUGCUCCCUCUGCUCCCUCUGCCCCAUCUCCGCCUCCAUUUCCAUCCCUGCCCCCAUCGCAGCUCUCUCUCUUUCCCACUGUCACCCGACCCCCUCCAACUUCUGAAACCUCCAAAACCGCCGUGCCUAAAAUCCUGCCCCCCGGGGAUGAUCUCCUGAUAGAUCUGUUAUCUGAUGAUCUUCCACCUCCUCCCUAUCAGGGCUCUAGAGAGGCUGCUUCCCGGGGCGAUGAGCGGCAACCUGCGCCCUCCCCCGUAGCCACUAGGGCUCGGGGGAGGAGAGAAGCUGCCCAGCCGCCCGCUGACUCCACGUCUCAAAUGCUUCCCCUUAGAGUAGGAAAUGGCGGGCAGUUCCAACACUGGCCAUUCUCGGCCUCUGACCUAUAUAACUGGAAAAAUAAUAAUCCUCCUUUCUCCAAAGAUCCUGCUGUGUUAACCUCUUUGAUUGAGUCCAUAAUGGUGACACAUCAGCCCACCUGGGAUGAUUGUCAACAGCUUUUACAGGCUCUCCUCACUACGGAGGAGAGGCAAAGAGUCUUCCUUGAGGCUCGAAAGAACGUUAUCGGAGAGGACGGGCGACCCACUCAGUUACCUAAUGAAAUUAAUGCAGCUUUUCCAUUGGAAAGACCCAACUGGGACUUCACCACCGUGGAAGGUAGGAAUCAUCUAAUCCUUUAUCGCCGGUUGCUUAUGGUGGGUCUCCACGGGGCAGCGAAACGGCCCACCAAUUUGGCACAGGUUAAGCAGGUUAUACAGGGCCCGGAGGAGACUCCCUCCGCCUUUUUGGAAAGAUUAAAGGAGGCAUACCGUAUAUACACUCCUUACGACCCUGAAGAUCCGGGGCAGGCCACUAAUGUUUCCAUGUCCUUCAUAUGGCAAGCCGCCCCGGACAUCAGGAGAAAAUUAGAAAGACUGGAGAAUCUGAGGGAGAGCUCUUUGCAGGACUUGCUUAAGGAGGCAGAAAAGAUAUUCAAUAAGAGAGAAACGAGGGAAGAAAGGGACGAGAGACUCAGGAAAGAAACGGAGGAACGUGAUGAGAGGCUUAGAAAAGAGGCAGAAGAACGGGACCGAAAGAAAAGUAAGGAGAUCACUAGGCUAAUGGCCACUAUAGUUACAGGACAAAGACAGGACAGACAGGGGGGAGAACGAAGGAGGCCCCCUGUGGACAAGGAUCAAUGUUCCUACUGCAAAGAACGAGGACAUUGGAUCAAGGACUGCCCAAAGAAACCUAGAGGGCCUCGGCAACCACGCCCUAGGAUCUCCCUCAUGACAAUGGACGAGUAGGGAAGUCAGGGCCAGGAGCCCCCCACUGAGCCCAGGAUAACUCUGAAUGUUGGGGGGCAGCCAGUCACCUUCCUAGUUGAUACAGGAGCUCAGCAUUCUGUCCUGACCCGAAACCCCGGACCCUUAAGUGACAAAUCGGCGUGGGUUCAGGGAGCCACAGGAGGGCAACGAUACCGAUGGACUACCAACCGCAAGGUGAAUCUGGCGACUGGUAAGGUGACUCAUUCUUUUCUCCAUGUGCCUGACUGCCCGUACCCACUGUUGGGGAGAGAUUUACUUCAAAAAUUAAAAGCUCAAAUCCACUUUGAAAGUUCAGGAGUACAGGUUACCGGGCCCCACGGGGAGCCCUUGCAUGUGUUAGCCCUCAGCCUAGAAGAAGAAUAUAGACUCUAUGAAUAACCCUCGGAAACUCAGUCAUCAGCACUUACUAGCUGGCUAGAAAAAUUUCCUCAGGCCUGGGCGGAAACUGGGGGCAUGGGCAUGGCCGUCCAACAGGCCCCCUUGAUAAUCCCUUUAAAAACCACAGCCACCCCCAUCUCAAUCAAGCAGUACUCCAUGCCUCAGGAAGCCCGGGAAGGAAUUAGACCCCACAUACGGAGACUCCUAGACCAAGGAAUAUUAGUGCCCUGUCGCUCCCCCUGGAAUACACCUCUCCUGCCUGUCAAGAAACCAGGAACUGGAGAUUACAGGCCAGUCCAGGACUUAAGGGAAGUUAACAAGCGGGUGGAAGACAUACAUCCUACGGUCCCCAACCCUUAUAACCUGUUAAGCGGCCUAUCCCCUACCUAUAACUGGUAUAUAGUACUGGACUUGAAAGAUGCAUUCUUUUGCCUAAGACUUCACCCCGAAAGUCAGUGCAUAUUUGCCUUUGAGUGGAAAGACCCUGAUCUGGGGAUCUCAGGGCAACUAACCUGGACAAGGCUCCCUCAAGGAUUCAAAAAUAGUCCCACUCUGUUCGAUGAGGCAUUGCACAGAGACCUGGCUGAUUUCCGAGUCUGGUACCCAGCCUUGAUGCUUCUUCAGUAUGUAGAUGACCUAUUGCUGGCAGCCUCAUCCGAGCAUGAAUGUAAGGAAGGGACUGAGGCCUUACUGCAAGCUCUUGGGAACCUAGGCUAUCGUGCCUCCGCAAAGAAGGCUCAAAUUUGCCAAAGACAGGUUAUUUAUCUGGGGUACCAGAUCAAAGAGGGGCAGAGAUGGUUGACUGAAGCCAGAAAAGAAACUGUUCUCAGAAUGCUGGCACCCCAAACCCCCCGAAAGCUGAGGUAAUUCCUGGGAACAGCGGGGUUCUGUCGUCUAUGGAUCCCUGGCUUUGCGGAAAUGGCAGCCCCCUUGUAUCCCCUCACUAAACAAGGUAUUCUGUUUACUUGGGGAAAAGAGCAACAAGAGGCCUUCCAAAACAUCAAAAAGGCUCUUCUGACUGCACCAGCCUUGGGGCUCCCAGACUUGACCAAACCCUUCGACCUGUACGUAGCUGAAAACAAGGGGUAUGCAAAGGGGGUCCUAACCCAAAAAUUAGGACCCUGGAGGCGACCUGUAGCCUAUCUCUCAAAGAAAUUGGACCCUGUGGCGUCAGGGUGGCCCCCUUGCCUCCGAAUGGUAGCAGCAAUAGCAGUCUUGACUAAGGACGCUGGUAAACUAACUUUGGGACAGCCUUUAACUAUCCUAGCUCCUCAUGCGGUAGAGGCGCUCAUCAAACAGCCUCCAGACCGUUGGCUCUCCAACGCCCGAAUGACUCAUUACCAGGCCAUGCUCUUAGACACCGAUCGUGUCCGGUUUGGGCCUGUCAUGGCGUUGAACCCUGCCACUCUACUCCCAUCACCGGAAGAGGAGGCAGGUCCCCACGAUUGUCUCGAGAUCCUGGCAGAAACACACGGGACCAGACCUGACCUGACUGAUCAACCUCUUCAAGAUGCUGACUUCACCUGGUACACGGAUGGGAGUAGCUUUUUACAGGACGGGGAACGGAGAGCAGGAGCAGCUGUCACCUCCGAGACCAAGGUGAUUUGGGCAGAGGCCCUUCCCCAUGGUACCUCGGCUCAGCGUGCAGAACUGAUUGCUCUCACACAGGCACUCAGGAUGGCAGAAGGUAAGAGGCUUAAUGUUUUUACGGACAGUCGAUAUGCUUUUGCCACCGCCCACAUACAUGGAGAAAUAUACAGGAGACGGGGGCUGCUAACCUCUGAGGGAAAGGAAAUCAAAAACAAAAAGGAGAUCCUGGCCUUGCUGAAGGCGUUGUGCUUGCCUCAUAAGCUCAGCAUUAUGCAUUGCCCCGGGCACCAAAAAGGGGACAGCCCUACCGCUCGAGGCAACCGGUUAGCUGAUGAGACUGCCCGGAGAGUGGCACUGGAACCCGUCUCUACUAGUCUAUGUUUACAGCAUGACCUUAAUAAGCAAAGAGAUGGCCCUGGCCCCUUCACUUACACCCCGGAGGAUGAAGAGCUUUUGAUAAAUUUGGGCGCCCAACAGGACAUAAAAGAAGGAGUAUGGACUCUCAAAAAUAAGACUGUCCUUCCGAAGGCCUUUGCCCACCAAAUGAUAGACCACCUACACCAGCUCACACACCUAAGUCCUAAAAAGAUGAAAGCUCUCCUUAAUAGAGAAGGAGAGUUCUAUUAUCUCUUGGAGGACAAAGACAUCAUGCAGGAAAUCUACAACAAGUGCCGAGCUUGCGCCAUGGUAAAUGCUGGAAAGGUAAAGCAAGGGCUGGGGGGAAUUCGGAUGCGAGGACAUCGCCCCGGAGUACACUGGGAAAUUGAUUUUACUGAAGUUAGACCAGGACUAUAUGGAUACCAAUAUCUAUUAGUGUUUGUGGAUACUUUCUCUGGGUGGGUAGAAGCAUUCCCCACCAAAAAUGAAACUGCCAAGAUCGUAGCUAAAAAGCUACUAGAAGAAAUUUUUCCCAGAUACGGUGUGCCUAGAAUGCUGGGGUCUGAUAAUGGGCCGGCCUUCGUCUCCCAGGUAAGUCAGAUGGUGGCCAAGCUAUUGGGGAUCGAUUGGAAACUGCAUUGUUCGUACAGACCCCAGAGUUCAGGACAAGUAGAAAGAAUGAAUAGAACUAUUAAGGAGACUUUAACUAAAUUAACACUUGCAACCGGCUCAAAGGAUUGGGUGCUCCUACUCCCUUUAGCUCUCUACCAGGCCCGGAAUACUCCCGGGCCCCAUGGGCUCACCCCGUUCGAGAUCCUUUAUGGGACACCCCCUCCCUUUGUUAACUUUUAUAACUCUGACAUUUCCACCCAGGCUGAUAGCCAAACUCUUCAAGCCCACUUGCAGGCCCUCCAAGCUGUUCAGAGGGAAGUCUGGAAACCACUCGCCGCGGCUUAUAAAGAACAAUUAAACAGACCUGUGGUGCCGCACCAGUUCCAGAUCGGAGACUCCGUGUUGGUCCAACGACAUCAGACCAAAAACUUGGAACCUCGCUGGAAGGGGCCUUUCACCGUGUUACUAACCACUCCAACAGCACUGAAGGUGGACGGCAUAGCAACCUGGAUCCACGCAUCGCAUGUUAAAGCAGCUCCAAGUGGAGAACCGGAUCGACAAUGGCGAGUCCAGCGUACUCAAAACCCUCUAAAGAUAAGACUGGUGAAGGGGGGGUUUUCCUCAUAAUUUUCCUUGAGGCCAUUACCCUAGCCGUAGCAAGCCCCUAUCGAAUCUUUAACAUAACCUGGACUCUAAUUAAUCUCAACUCAGGAGAAGAGUUCACCCUGGCCCAAGGAGAACAUGCCGCAAAUACUUGGUUCCCCUCGUUAACUUUUAACCUAUGUGAAGUUGCAGGAAAAAAAUUGGAAACA